GUGAAAGGAAAUGCAAAAAAUCUAAAUUUUAUAGUUGGAACAACGUUUUCUUUGUUUUUAUGUACUUAUAUUGUUGAAAUAACACUGCAGUGUAUUAACGGAGGAUCUUAACUUCGUAUAAAUGAAUAAAUCUACAAAAUCGGUGAAAUACAAGAAGCAGAAAUUGUCGUCUCAAGUUUUGACAGAAAUACUACGUUCAGAUGAUUCGGAAGACGAACUCGUCGAAUUUAUCAAUAAUUCUUUCCCCCAAAAUGGCCCAGCUGUGGCGAACAAUAACAAGAAACGAAACAGGGGCAAUAUUAAACCGAAAGACGAGGAAUCUAUGCAAGAAAUUGAUUUAAAUGGAGCGAUAUCGCAGACAAAUUCGACAGGGACAAAUGUAUACGAUCUAUCUGCCAAUGGCGAGUCUAUUAUACUUGGAGACAAACCAAGAAGUGCCAGAUCGCGAUUGUUUAUUGCAUUUGGGCUGUUUAAAUCAUUCUUCGCUUUGGUAAGUUGUGUUUCUGUUUAGUAACGUUUUAAUUUAGCGAUAUACAAACACAAAUUUUAAUGACAUGAAUAAUGCAUGAUCUACAUUGUCCCCCUUUGGGGUGGUCAACCCCAGAAAUGCCGGUGCUGAACACCAUUAUUAAUUAUGGAUUUUCCUGUAGGGUAUCUCGAUUGCAAUGCUUGGCCCCAGUCUAUUGGACCUGAAGGACCAAGUCAAUUCCUCAUUUCAAGGAAUGUCAACAAUUUUCACUGCACGUUCGGUGGGAUAUCUCUUGGGUUCUGUCGUGGCCGGAUGGCUUUUUGAUAGAUGGAAUGGUUACCUAGUGUUGGCCGCCUCAUGUUUUAUUGCGGCAAUAAGUGUGGUCGUUACUCCACUAACGAGGUCGUUUGUUGUGUUGAUAAUAACAGUUGUUUUCCAAGGGCUGGCGCUUGGCUCUCUCGACACAGGUAAUGUUUCAUAUAAGUUUGUGGAAACACCAUGUACUGUAUAUUUGUUAUUGCAGUAAUAAUUAUAAGUGCUGACUUUCAGCAAAUCAAAACUAAUCAAGGGGAGAGUGCUGACACUGAAUGGGUUAUCUACCCAUGUGUCUAGUUAACCCAUUAAGUUUCAAUUUGCCCUGCUUUAUUAUUUUACUCUGUCUAAUGCCAGACAAUAUUUAAAGGGAGAGUGCUGCUACUCAGUGGGUUAAAUAGGCUACACUUUAUAUAUUGGUUCUUUUAUAAUCUGUACAAUAAACUUUGUUAAUUCUCUGAGUGUCACUUUUCUAAAUUCCCUUGUUGGCUGUACCUACAGUAGAGCCUGCCCUCAACCUGACUUUAACUCAACUUAUGAAAAACAUCCAAUUUCUCUUUCAGGUGGGAAUGUCCUGAUACUCAAUCUCUAUGGAAAGAACUCUGAUGCUCAGAUGCAAGGACUUCAUGCCAUGUUUGGUCUUGGAGCUUUCAUUUCUCCAUUGCUGGUGGGUCCCUUUCUAACCACCCCUAUCCCUCAAACACCCCACCACAAUAUAACCAAAACCACAAAUAAUACUACAUCCACAACAAGUUUACUUUCAAGUUUACCUUCAAACUAUACCCAACAUCCAACCACCGUUGACCAUACAUCAUUGCAAUACCCUUACAUAAUCUCAAUGCUGUUUUUUGUAAUACCUAUUAUAACUUUCAUCUGGGCAAGCUUCAGAGAUACUGGCCGAAAUCAACAAAGAGAUAAGCCUUGGGAAACUGCCAAUGACAGUCGAGCGUACAGAGGCUUUACGCUUGUACUACUUUUUUUAUUCUUACUCUUGUAUGUCGGAUUAGAGGUUGCAAUUGGUGGUCUAAUAUUCAGCUUCUCAUUUAAACAUGGUAUCCUAAAGUCGAAAUCACUGGCCGCUUAUUUGACGUCAACGUUUUGGGGCAGUUUUUGUGCUGGGCGGUUUCUAAGCAUUCCGUUAUCGAUGUAUGUAAGAGCUUAUCGUAUUCUGGUGAUAGAUUUACUAGGCUGCAUCCUAGGGGCUUCGUUGUUGGUGUUUGUGGCCAGUUCAGUUCAAGCUUGGUUAUGGAUAGGGACAAGUAUACUAGGCCUAUGCAUGGCAGCCGUAUUUCCGUCGACAAUGAGUUGGGCUGAAACUUUUAUGCAUAUUUCUGGGAAAACUGCAUCAAUUUUAGUGGUAGGAGCUAGCUUGGGUGAAAUGACUAUCCCACUGGCUAUUGGGACUUUAAUGGAACGCAAUGGCGCUGAGGUGUUCUUACAUGCGAUAUUCGUAGUAAUUGUGUUAGCGAUAAUUGUCUUUAUUCUCGCUUCUGUGCUUGCAAGACGACAACAAAAAGCACAAAUGAAUGGUUUUCAUUUUCAUUAUCACAAAGGAACAGAGCAGUCGAACCAUAGCAUGUUCUCAAAGCCAAAAGGAGACGAAGUCAUUCAACUUUUGGAAGACAGUUCGGAAAUAUUCUCUGUCGAAAAUUGAGAUUUGUAAAAUGGGUUGAUAUCAGAAUAUUGGUGGGUUUAUUGUGGAACGGUGGAUGGUAAUUAAAAGAAAUAUUGUACACAUAUAUACAGAUUGAAUUUAUAGUUAAUUUGUUAAAUAUAAUAUAUUUUUAUGGCACUAAAAUAAUUAUUCAGAUUUAUUAUAUAUUAUACUUAUUGUUUCUCAUUUGUU